GUCACGUGACACCCGUGUCUCUUCCUCGCUCUGUCGCGAGGCUGCAUGGGCAGCUGGGAGGGUUCUUGCUGGGGCUGGGGGCGCUGCGCCCCCGGCCCCUUGCUGCUCCUGAGUCUUCUGUGGGCAGCCCCGUUCGCCCUGUUGGGGGAGGAGACCCGCCAGGUGUCUCUGGAGGUCAUCUCCGACUGGGCGGGCCCCCCCGAGAACCUGCUGCACAUCCGGGCAGUGGGCACCAACUCCACGCUGCACUAUGUGUGGAGCACCUUGGGGCCUCCGGCAGUGCUGCUGGUGGCCACCAACACUCCCCACAGCGCCCUGAGUGUCAACUGGAGCCUCCUACUCUCCUCGGAGCCUGACGGAGGCCUGAUGGUGCUCCCCAAGGACAGCGUCCAGUUUUCUUCUGCCCUCGUCUUUACCAGGCUGUUUGAGUUUGACGGCACCAACACGUCGGGCACAGCCACAAAGCCCCCAGGGAAACCGUACCCGCCGUACUUGCUGGCCAAAUUCUCUUGGAACAACGUCACCGGCUCGUUGGACCCCGCCACCCUGAGUGCCACGUUUCAAGGCCACCCCAUUCGUGACCCCACCGGGGCUUUUACCAAUGGCAGCCUGACCUUCAGGGUGCAGGCCUUCCCCAGAUCCGGCCGGCCAACCCAGCCCCCUCGCCUCCUGCACACAGCGGACACGUGCCAGCUGGAGGUGGCCCUGGUCGGGGCCUCUCCCCGGGGAAACCGCUCCCUGUUUGGGCUGGAGGUGGCCAUGCUGGGCCCGGGCCCGGCCUGCCCCUCAGUGCAGGGGCAGAGCUCCAUCGAUGACGAGUAUGCGCCCGCCGUCUUCCAGUUGGACCAGCUGCUGUGGGGCUCCCUCCCAUCAGGCUUCGUGCAGUGGCGACCAGUGGCUUUCUCCCAGAAGCAGGGGGGCCGAGAGUCCGCCCUGCCCUGCCACGCGUCCCCUCCGUACCCCACCUUGGCGUACCUUCUGCCCCAGUCGCCCAUCGUCCGUGCCUUCUUCGGGUCCCAGAACGACUUCUGUGCCUUCAAUCUGACAUUCGGGACUCCCGCGGGCCCUGGCUACUGGGACCACCACUACCUCAGCUGGUCGGCGCUCCUGGGUGUGGGGGCCCCUCCAGUGGAUGCCUUGUCUCCACUGGUCCUAGGCAUCAUGGCGGUGGCCCUGGGUGCUCCAGCCCUCCUGCUGCUGGUGGGGGGCUUGUUUCUGCUGCUGGGCCCCAAGGGGUACUCAGAAUAUCAGCCCAUCAACUGAGGCCUGCUCUUGAGAGGGAAGGACGUUACCACACUUGGCUUGCUGGGCCUCGAACCGCUGCCAGUCUGAGGGUCAGUGUUCCCGGCCAGCCACUCCCCUCUCGCUUUUUUGCAGAGCCUCGGGGAGCAGGCUCAAGUCCUGGGGGCCACCAGGUGGGGCUUCCUUCAUCCUCCGGUGAAGGACCGGGAACAGGGCUAUGGCUCGUGGGAGGCGCCGUGGACUUGCCUCCGUGCUCCUUCGGCCCCCGUUCCCACCACUCGCGGGCCGAAGCGAAGGGCCUUCUGACUGGUCGGCUGCCUCGGGUCAUGAAAUAGACUUAUUUUUCCACA